AUGCAUUUCCACGCCACUUCAAUCGGUCUACUUGCGGCUGUCCCCUCGGCACUGGCCUUCUGGCCAAGCUACUAUGCCGAACCCGCGAGUCUCUACCGGAAUGAUGAGCCCAGUGUCAAGGUCGAAACAUUGUAUCAAUUCCCAAACAAUGGAUCCUGGAUUGACAAUCUUGCCUUGCGCUCUGACGGGAGUGUCCUUCUCACGCGUUUGGAUACUCCUGAAGUCUGGUCUGUGGACACUGUCACUGGAAAUGCAACGCUAGUUCACUCCUUCGCCAAUGCGACCAGUUGCUUUGGAAUCAGCGAGAUCGAUGAUGAUGUCUUUGCCGUUGUGGUGGGCAACUUCUCCACAAAGACAUAUCAACCCACCGCGGGAUCCUUCACGGUCCAGAAACUGGACUUCAAUAACGUUCAUGCAACCGAGAACGAGGACGCGACCCAAAUGGCAUCAGUCUCCCACAUCGCUGCUCUUCCAGAAGCCCAGGCUUUGAACGGCAUGGCUUCUUUCACCAAGGAGUCGCACUUGGUGUUGAUUGCAGACAGCCCCAAGGGAGUGGCAUGGAAACUCAACACCGAGACCGGCGAAUACUCCAUCGCUCUCAAUGAUACCACCAUGCUACCCGCCGAGGGCCAGGCCCUCCCACUCGGUGUCAAUGGCCUCAAAUUGGUUGAUGACUACAUCUACUACUCCAGCACCACCCGCAUGCAAUUCGGCCGUGUCCAAGUCAAUCAGGAUGCCACCCCGGCCGGAGACUACGAGAUCAUCGCCAGUGGAUUCUUGCCGGAUAACUUGGACGUGGCCUCAGAUGGCACCGCAUAUAUUGCAACCGACCCGCAGAACUCGGUUGUUCGCAUCUCGCCCUAUGGACAGAUUUCGUUGGUGGCUGGUGGCCAGCUUUCCACUCAGAUGCCAGGGCCAACUUCUUGCCGGCUCACGAGCGAUGGUAAGACACUGUAUGUUGGGACGAGCGGAGGCCAAGUUGCUCCCGUGCUGGGCACCUUUAUGGAACCUGCCAAGGUGGUGAAGAUUACUUUUGAGUGA